AAAAAAUAAACACUUUUGAAAUAAAACAUCUAUUUUUUUUAAAAUAUGAAAAAAUGUAUGCAUAUAAAUAAAAUAAAAGCUAAAUAACAUUGUUUAUUUCCUAUUCUGAGACACUAUAAACACUUUCAUUAAAUAUAGAUGACUGUUGAACAAAGUAAGCACAUUGUUUAUUUUGUCUUCCUGCAUCGGUUUACUAAAAGCACUUUCAUAAACAAAUUAGUUUUUUAACAUGCGUACUAAAUGUAUAUUAGUAAAUUAUAUUCAGUGUCUACUAGGCCUAAUUCUCACUAAUUAUAAUUUUCUUUAAUUCAUUAACCUAAUUUGCUUCUAACAUUGUGGUUUUCAAUCAUACUCUAACAGGUAUCUUGAUUGAUGCCAUUCUAAAUUUAGAGUCAGAUGUAGCCUACAACAAAAUUACACUUGAUUUAUCUUCAAAUUAAGGCCAAAACGUUUUUGAAACAGCCAGAUGAAGUUGGGAUAUUUUUUCUUUCUAAUUCUCUUAGCUGUUUUAUUACAGCUAUUUCAGAAAAUAUUCAACAGCAUCUUUAAAGGGCACUCAGAUCUCAGUCUACAAUGCCCAAGAGGGAGUUUUAUUUUGCCAGGAAUGAAGAUGUGCCAUCCUUGGCUGACAUGUCUAGGAAUAAAAGAAAAUGUCACUGUCAUGAACAAUGAUUUAGGAAAAGGUGCCCAGAAAAUUGUGAAAGAAGGAAUUUGGCUUGGUCAUCCAGUUGCAGUUAGCAUCUUACAACACAAGGAACAUGAAGAUGAUUUUCAACAUAAUUUAAAGAUGCUUCAGCUCUUUAGCCAAGAGUUGCAUGUUGCUCAACUUGUAGGCUGGUGCAUGAAUGAUAACUCUAGAUCAGUAAUAAUUACUGAAUUAUAUCCCCUUGGUGCUGCAGAUGCUAUACAUUCGACUAUUAUAAAUAAUUUUCCAUUCUUAAACACAAUUUAUGAAAAAUUUAAAUUUUGUGUACAUUUUGUGAAAAUUAUCGACAUUUUACAUUCACACCCUGGAGGGCCGCUUGUUUUAUGUGACGCCAAUGAUCCAAAGAAAGCAUUAAGUCAGUUUCUAGUCACAAACAAUUUGACAUUGGUUCUCAAUGACAUGGAUGCCCUGCCUCAAGUGAACAGGGCCACAGGGGAGCUCAUCAAAUGUGGUCGUAGAGAACUCAUUGGGGACUUUGUUGCACCAGAGCAGUUAUGGCCCUUUGAUGACCUUCCUUUCAAUGACAGCGCCAUGCCUAGCUAUGAUGAAAAAGUUGACAUUUGGAAGAUUCCGGAUGUUUGUAAUUACAUAAUUGGUGAUAAGGCAGGCUCCAGUAAACUUCAGUUACAACUUUUUAAUAUUCAUUCACAAUGCAAGCAGCUGGACCCUGCAAAAAGACCUUCAGCAAAGCAGGUGUUACAUGUGUAUAACAGUAUUAGUAAAAAAUUGAAGUUAGAGGAAACCAAUACAAAAUCUGAUAAACUCAUUAGGCAUUGAUUGAAACAAAUUACACUGACUGAUUCCAUCUGUGUUGUGGAGGCUAUGUAAUUAAGAUUGUUUUAUAAUAUUUUAGCUAAGAUUAGAGAAAAUUGAUUUGUUGUUUUAAAAUCCCAAAUGGUGCCAAUAUAUUAUUAUUUAUUUGAGGAAAGGUGAUGAGACAGAUGAUAGUGGUAUUACUAUUACUCUCAGCAAAGGUUUAUGGGACUACACUCUUAUUUUAUAAAAUUUAUCCGAUUAUUUCCCCUUGUAUUAGGUUUGUAUCUCACAUGCAUUGUAUACUUGUACUUUGAUAGUUAAUGUAUGAUGUAUUUUUAUGUUUAUAACAUUUACACUUGUAUUAAGUUGAAACUGUGAUGUUUAUUAUAAAAUAAUAAUUUUAUCUAAAGUCUUUAUUUUCCAUUUGCAUUUACACUGCUUAGUCUUUUGUCAUACAUUUUACGUGUAGGAAUGUGGUCUGAAAAAGUGGAAGGGGGUAUGAUGUUGAA